AUGGAAAAAAAUAAUUAUAUUCAUGAUGCCAAAUCUGCUUAUGAAGCUUCUAUACGACUGGCACAUUUAGGUAAAUCAAAUUAUCCACCUAUUAGAACAUUUCAAAAUAAGAUAAAUAGUACAAAUAAUAUAUAUGAUGAUUUUAAAAUUGCUCAAAAAAUUCCUAAAUCAACUCAUUUAACAAUACGUGAUUUAACAUGGGAACAAAAAGAACGUGUACUAUCAAUUUUAUUUGAAAAAAUGAAUCAAUCCAAAAUGAAAUUAAAUAAUAAAAUAAAUUCUGAAAAAUCAUCGGGAAAAAAUAUUUUCCUUAAUAAUGAAUAUGGAAUCAAUCAAUUAAAUGAAAUGGAUCCCAAAUCAAUUCUAUUCACAUCAAUGAAUGAUCAUGAAAAUGAUUAUGGUGGUGGACAAGAUAAAGGGGAAAUGGACGAUAUUAAUAAUAAUAAUAAUAAUAAUAAUAAUAAUAAUAAUGGUAACAAUAAUGAUAAUAGUAAUGAAGAAGAUAAUAACAAGACAGUAAUGAAUAAAUCUAAGGAAUUAACAAAAAAACUUUAUGAAAAAUUAAUAAAAUUUUCAAAUCAUAAAAAAGAUCAAAAUAAUUUAAUGAAUCAAUUUGAUAAUGAUCAUGAACUUAUUCAAAGAAAUAUUGAUUUUAUAAUGGUUGAUCAAAUUAAUCAAACUAAAGUACCAUAUCCAUCACCUCAAUAA